AUGUCAACAUCUACCCCUAAAAUUGCCAUCAUAGGCGCGGGACCCGUAGGUCUCAUGCUUGCCGCUAUUCUACAUCAUAGAGGGACUAAAUGUACCAUAUUUGAGCGUGAAACCAGUGCCACAGUCCGUGCUCAAGGCGGUACCUUGGACAUUCACGCCGAGACAGGUCAGCGCGCUAUUGCCGCUGCCGGCUUACUGACCGCGUUCAAGAAGUUAUCACGCCCCGAGGGUGAAGCUACGCGUGUCGUGAAGAAGGACGGUACGGUACUUCUCGACGAGAACGAACAGCAACAGCAGGAUUCAAAGGAUUUACAGAAUGGUCAAGAGGAGGAAGAUGGCCGUGGACGCCCGGAGAUCGAUCGUAAGGAUCUCAAAGAUUUACUCAUCGCGGCCUUACCCGAGAGUACUAUUCGUUGGGGUAAAGGUAUUUCGUCCGUAAAGUCGGUUCCUGGGACGCAACGGUGGAUGUUAGAAUUCAUGGAAAGAGAUAGCAAUACUGAAGACUCUGAUUCUGGGCCGUAUGAUCUCGUGCUCGGCGCCGACGGCGCAUGGUCCCGCAUUCGACCUCUACUCACCGACGUCAGGCCACUAUACUCAGGUGUAACAGCAUUAGACGUAUGGAUUUUGCCGGAGCAGCUAGCGGCACGACCCGAAGUAUCUGCAUUCAUCGGAGAGGGAUCUUGCAUGAUGUUUUCCGAAGACAGGUUUCUAUCACUGCAGCGACAUAGCGAUGGCAGUGCCAGGGCUUACGCGAUGGUGCGGACGAAUAGGGAGAUUGGGAUGGAGGUCCUUGAUGCGAAUGCACUUCUUGGACUCGAGGAUAACGAAGAGGAGGCCCGCGACGCGGUUCUAGCUAUGACGGAGCAGCCGACUCUACGGCCGUUAUACAUGCUACCCGUGGGCCACCGGUGGGAGCCUCGUCCCGGGCUAUCGCUGCUAGGCGAUGCGGCACACGUGAUGACACCGUUUGCCGGCGUGGGGGUUAACGUGGGUAUGAUGGAUGCGUUGGAGUUAGCGGAGGGGAUCGCGGCAUACGUUGAGCAGCAAGAAGAAAAGGGGGAGGAGGGUCUAGCGCAGAUGCUGAGGAAGUACGAGGAGGGUAUGUUUGAGCGCUCGCGGAAGGACGCUGCGCUCACAGCUAGUAUGAUGGAAAUUGAGUUCUGCGAGGAUGGGGCUGAGAAGGUGGUUGAGGUCAUGACUGGUGGUGAGCCUCCUGCUUAA